GGCAUCAGGACGAGGGGUUGCCGGGAUGGAUUCUGCAACACCGUGACGUCUUGUCUUCUGCAACCAGCCCCAUCCCUCCGCCUCCCAUGACUCUUUUCUCAUCGAUCUCACGACGCUGCUACACUCCCGCUUCAUCAACAUCCUCGACGCGCAUAUGCAUGAUCCCAGCUAGAAAGCUUGGUGUCACCCAAUGUACUAGCGAUAAGGCGCUGAUCGCUUUUAUCAUUGUCUACAAUGUAUCAGUUAGCAGGGAAGGAAUAAUAGUUACAUGGUGUAUGGUACAGUUCUGGGAGUUAGCCGAUGGCAAUAUAUUUGCACUUUUAUUUUGGUGCUUAACAGUUGAAGUAUGUGCACCAAGGAGCUCUAGGAGUUGGGGAGGAAGGAGGAGUCUAGGGACAUCAAUUGGCAGCGCCGGGAAGCUCAGCAAGAGUCAAGCUUAG